UCUUAAAGACGUAGACGGGCGUAAUGUGUCUAUAAGAGAGCCGAAACAACAAGAAAAAAAAAAAAAAAAGGAAAAACGCGUUUGCCUUGAUCCGAGUCACAGAGCAGGAUAGUCCCAAUGUGUGCAGAGAGUAGGCUCUGCGUAAAGAACCGACGCCAGAGAUAAGCUGAAAUUUACAUUGGCAAGACUAGUUUAUAAGCCACUCAGGCUUUGGACCCGCCAGACCGCUCAUGCGUGCAGCUGAUUAGGAUUUUAAUUAGGAGGCAAUUUACUUGGGUCACAAACAGGAAAAAAAACUAACAUUUGUGUAGCCUAUCCCAGAGGUUUUACAGUAGCAGCCCGUUUCUGAGGAAGACAUGGCUAAGUUAUUCCGAGCUGCUAUCAUGGGUCCACCAGGAUCAGGGAAAGGAACGAUAUCCAAGAGGAUUGCGCAAAGCUUUGGCCUGCAAUAUCUGUCCAGUGGCCACUAUCUACGAGAGAGCAUAGCGGCAAAUACAGAUGCAGGUGUGCUGGUGAGGACCUAUGUAGAGAGAAGCAUGCUGGUUCCUGACCAUGUGAUGACCAGGCUGAUGCUGCCCAGAUUGGAACAGCUGAGCAACCACAGCUGGCUGCUGGACGGUUUCCCUCGGACGCUGGCGCAGGCCCAGGCCUUGAACAGUCUGUAUCAGCUCGACUUGGUUAUCAGCCUCAAUAUACCCUAUGAGACUCUGAGAGAGAGACUGAGUGACCGCUGGAUCCAUCCAGCCAGCGGUAGAGUCUACAACAUGGGCUUCAACCCGCCACGAGUACAGGGUAAGGAUGACAUCACCGGGGAGCCACUGAUUCAGCAUGAUGAUGACAAACCAGAAGCCCUGAUGGCCAGACUGAGACACUACAAGGAUGUGGCCAAGCCUGUCAUAGACUUAUACAAGUCACAGGGAGUCCUGCACUCAUUCUCUGGUACAGAGACGGACCGGAUUUGGCCUUAUAUCAACUCUCUCCUCAGCACCAAGAUGCACACGCAGCCAUCAGACGCCUGCCAGACACAGACGCCCUGACAGCACUCUGAAAGAAAAGACCACAGGGAGACAUCAAGAGGCCGCCAGAGGAAGUGGGGUUAUGUCUCUACACGCUGGCCUCAGUGUCAGCUUUCAGGUUCUUCCUUAAUGAUGGAGUUCAGAGAAAAGGACCAGAACUGUAGUCAGCCAACAUGUUUUUGUGUCAAUCACUAGUUGUUGGGUUUUUUUUCAAAGGAAUGGUUGGAUGCAAUUAUAUUGUGUAUUGUGCUGGGUUCCAUAUUAUCAUAGGGAAAUAUCAAGAUUCAUUGAGAUCAAAACUGAUCACUUUUUUAAAUCAUUAAUUUUACAAAAGCACUAAUGAUCAAACAAAGCCUUUAACUGAUGUUUUAUUUUUAAUUGUUGAACACUGAAUAUAAAUCUCGAUCAGACAAAGGUGGUGAAAUCAAAGCGAAAUGUGGAGGAAAAAGUAAAUACAGAAUGCUGGAUAUUUUUUUUUUUUUUACAUUAACUCUCCAAUAUUUUAUUCAUUAGAUCCAACAACAGAGUGAAAUGCUCAAUAAUAUUAAACCUAAACAAAAACAUUAAAUAUAUGACACUAAACUAUAAAAUGAUAAAGAAAAAAAGAUUGUUGGUACAGUACAAGAAUAAAACUCUAAUGAAAGCAAAUAUGAAAUAUUAUCUUUUCACAUUUGAUCAAUUCCACUUUAAAUAAUAUUUUUUAUAGUGAAGCAAACAAUAUCACAUUGUUACCGCUGUGAAUAUACAUAUAAUUUUGUGGAGUACAACUCCUUAAAUUACUCCUCAGUGUGCAAACUGAAACUGGGGAGUUUUAGUUUUUACUGAGUACAAUGCGCACAACAAAAUCCUUUAUAUAAAGUUCAGUCUAACUAUACAGUAGCUUGAAGUUACAGAUUAAUUGAGAGCAAUGCUGACACUGUAUCUAAAACCAAACUCUCUUUUCUCACUGAACUGAAACUUUUGCGAGACUGUGAGCUGUACAUGAUGCCUACAGGUCAGCUGUUACUUAUGUAACUAUUCCGCAGAAUUUGUUUUUAUUUUCAUCCGCUCAGUGUUUCUCGAUUAUAUCCAUCAAUUACAUAAAUAAUUUAACAGCUAUUCUUUAAGUUUGUGCUGGAAUGCUGCUGAGUCAUAUGGAGUCAUGUUUGGGCUGGUGCUGGACUGGUACACAAAGCACCCACUGUCACUCCACAGCACACUCUGUGGCUGGGAUGAAGACCAAUGCAGAGAAUAUAGUGCCUUCAAUGUUGUUACAUUCCUUUAAAUACACGAUAAGGUUGCUCUGAGAUUUUGAGCUUCAGAAUAUCAUGAUAUGUUUGUUAGACUGUAAAGUUUGUGCAGUGUUUGUCCAAUUUAAAAAAAACACUGUUGGGUUAGGAAGUAAUAGGUCACUUUUAUCAUUCUGACAGGGUCAUUUCUGUAAAGCUCUUAUUUGUCAGAUUGUUUUGUGUAAAUCAUUGUUUCAGGGUGGACAACUGUUUCAGUCAGAAAUGACGCACAAAAUAGCACAAAAUGUGAGUUUGCCUUUUACAGUAACACUAACAGGUGCAAUAAAGACCAAGAGAUAUGUUUUAAUUGUUUUUGUCCUGUCAGUUUUGAAACGUUCUACCCAUAAAUAGCAAGAUACUAAUUCAGUAAUUGACCACAGGUAACACAGCACAUACAAAAAAUAUUUUCUGUCAUUUGCUUUAUGAGGUUAAAGAAAUGAAGAAAUUAUGAUUUUUUGUUUGUUUGUUUUUCUUGUCUGGGGUCAAAGGUCAUGGGUGUUUGUGUUGUUUACAGAUUGUAAAGCUCUUUGAGAUGAUUUUGAGUUGACUUGACUAUGAUACUGUGGGAUCAAGAUCAAAUAAGAUAAAACAUUCUUUCACUAAUGAAUUUUGUUGCUUGGGUGACAACUGGAUAAGAUGCCUAUAUUUACAAAAUGUCAGCAACUUGCCUGUACUUGUCUCAGUGUCUUCAGCAGCAAAUGUCUGUAGAUGUUCAUUUGAUAAAGUAGGAAGUCGUCUGUAGAGAGCAGUUGAUUUACACUUUGUUUUUGGUUGUGGAGCUCAGUGUGCCCUCUCAGCCUGUUGAAUAAAUGGGUGUGGUGUAAACGUGUUGAGUUGUACAUGACCACAGCCCAGUGCUUUCGUGCCACAGUGGAUUUGAUUUUUUUUUUUCUUUUAUAUUUUUAUACCACAUGUUACAUUCCAAGAACAAUAAACCUAUUUAAUCUUG